GUACCUAAAUCGAACUAAAUAUAUUUAGAAUGGCCGAGUUGAAGCCAUCGACUUCGUGGCCCCACCGAAUGACGAGCUUCCAGCGCCGACAGGCGGAUCUUAACCGCCUGGUGAUGAACUAUCUGGUGACAGAGGGUUACCAAGAGGCCGCCAAGCGUUUCAUGACGGAGGCGUCAGUGAAGCCGGGUCCCCACAUGGAUACCAUCGGGGAUCGAUUGAGGAUACAGGAUGCCGUGAGAGUUGGCCAGGUCAAAUACGCCAUGGAUCUGGCCACCCGGAUAUAUCCGCGCCUCUUCGAAACAGACAACUAUGUGUUUUUCCACAUGCAACAGUUGCGUCUGAUCGAGAUGAUCCGGGAUCAGAAGAUGGAAAAGGCUUUGAAGUUCGCCCAGAGCAAGGCUGCGGGCUUCGCCAAUGUCGAACCGAGGCAUUUCCACGAAGUGGAGCGGACAAUGGGGCUCCUGGCCUUCGACCGCCCGGAAUACAGCCCGUACGGCGAGUUGAUGUACUACUCCUAUCGUCAAAAGGUGGCGAACGAAGUAAAUGCAGCCAUGUUGCGUUGCGAGGAUGCGAAUAAUAAGAUCAAAGAGACGCCCAUGGAGCCACGGAUGAUGUUCCUCAUCAAGCUGAUCCUUUGGGCACAGGCCAAGUUGGAGCGUGAGGGAUGUAGCGAUUUCCACAAGGUCGAUCUUGGCCAUGGGGACUUUGAAGAGGAGUUCCGCCGAAGCUUUCAGGGUUUCUAGGGCAGCUAAAUGUACAAUAAUUGUCCAUCGAUCGGCGACUACUGCGAAACUAUAUAUAAAUGUUUUUUUUUUAUAGAAAAUCUACACAUAUGAAUGUAUUUUUUUGGCCAACCUACAAAUAUGAAUGUCAUUUUUUUUGAAUGGAUGUUGAAUAUUAAAUAUUUCCAUAUCUUGAUGUUACUUUAAGCAAACUUGCUGUUGGCUUUACUUUUUGGGUUGUGAUUGAAGCCGUUUUAAAUGUUCGUUGAUAAGACGCAUUCCCUUUGGUAAUCUAAAAACGCAAAUUAUUUUGUGUCACGUGCCAGCCCAGAGUUUUUCAUACUGUUUUUUUUUUGUUUGUGUGCCCGAUAAGAGAAUGAGCACAACAAAAAUAAAGCGCUUUGGAAGUCCCUGCCAAAACAUUAAAAGUUUUGAAUAUUGGAAAGAAAUAGUUAUAUGUAUAAUCUUAAUAUGGGACUUAAAAUUUUCAAUUAAAUGAGAGGUUCCGUCUUACAAUCUCAUUCAAACACACACAUAUAACUUAUACAUAUAAUUUAAAGCUAAGAUUUUACGUUUAAAUGUUCAGGAAAUAUAAAGUUCUUAUUGUUUUUUUUUAACACAUCGCUCAGUCGACUUUUCUAACAUUCUAUGAACUUUUAAACAUUAUCGCCGGUAUACGUCAUUGGCUUAAAUAUUGUUCCAUUGGUUGGGCAACUAAUCUAAUCGCUGUGGCUAAACUUAACCUUGAACCCUAGGGAGACGGAAAAAUAUAAAUACAGAGAGAGAGAGAGAGAAAGAAUCGCACACAUAAUUCACCCUUUGCACCCCAUCAAAAAUGCAAUGUUUUGUAUCAAGGGGCAGUAGCUUUUGGUUUGUGACUUCAACACGCUGGUAGAUAAGGAAAAUACUUGGGGAAAAUCAAAUCGAAGGCAGGCGCCCGUUGUUUGGCUCGAACUGAGCGAUAA